AUGGCCCAGCAAAUGCAACCAAUCUACCAGGGACAACGACCACCAUACAACGAUUCCAUACUCACCAUCACAAAGAGAAGCUGUGCUGAUCCUUAUGUACUAUGGGACAAGGGCACUUACUACAUGACCUUUACGUGCGGCGGGCACGUUGAGAUUUGGUCUGCAGAUUCGCUAUUCGAUUUCGAAGAGCGCUCCAAAAAGACGGUUAUAUGGCGGCCGCCGCCCAACCAGCCCUACUCGGGUGAUAUCUGGGCGCCAGAACUACAUUCCAUCCAAGGACGCUGGUACGUCUAUUUUGCUGCCGACGACCCAAAGCACGGCAACAAAUCCCACCGCAUGUUCGUUCUCGCGGGGCCCCCCUCCGACGAAGACCCCUUGGAACCCAGCAAGUGGAAUUUCUUCGGCCGUCUCGCAGGACUCCCCGAAGACCAAUGGGCCAUCGACGGCACAGUCAUCUACCUACACGGCUCCAUGCUCUUCGUGUAUUCUGGCUGGCCCCUCGGCACCCAAGCCGACGAGUCGCGCCAGGAAAUCUUCAUUAUCGAAAUGGUAUCACCGACCGAAUGCACCGGCCACCCUAUCCGCAUCAGCACUCCAGACUUGCAAUUCGAAUUCUCCGGCUCCAGCGGCAUAAACGAGGGUCCGCAGUUCCUCGCUUCCCCCGAUGGCCGCUGGAUGGGCAUCGUGUAUAGCUGCGCAGGCAGCUGGACGCACGAGUACAAAAUGAACGUCCUGUAUUACACGGGAGGCCACCCGCUAGAUCCGCAUUCCUGGGCGAAAUCAAACGUCCCCCUCCUCAAAGCUGCGCGCGAUGAUUCACCCCCGUAUGGACCCGGUCACGGCAACUUCGUCCUCGUGAAUGGACCCGGUGGGCCAGAGGUCUGGGGCGUGUUCCAUGCUACGGAUGCGAAGACCGGGUGGGAAGGACGAAAAGCACGGGUUAUGCGGGUGGGAUGGGGGAACGGGGGGCCGUUUAUGGGGUCUGGUGAGUGUGGGAGGUGUUGUGGUGAGGUUCAGCAUUUUAUCCAGGGAUGCCCCGGGGGUACGUGUGGGGGGCAGGGUCAUUGUGGGGGGGAAGGAGGUGCCGGUGGGGGGUUCAUGGAGCCGGGGAGGCAGGGGGGUCAUUCGACGGAGGAUUUGAAGAGGGAGGUUAAGAAUCUUGUUAAGGGGGGGAAGGGGUUGAUUACUCAUCACUUGAUUCAAUAUUGCACAAUGGCAGCCCAAGUCCACGGAACUUGCGAUCCACGCUUUACCAAAGUAAAAUCACUCUUACAAUCAUAUCUCGACACCGAGGAAGAACUGGGGGUUUCCCUCUGCGUUAACAUCGACGGUACUGAUGUGAUUGACCUCUGGGGCGGCUACGCUGACGUCGCGCGAACCAAGCCUUGGGAAAAAGACACAAUCACAUGCGUAUGGUCAAGUUCAAAACUUGUCGCCGCCCUUGCCCUUCUCCUCUGCAUCGACCGCGGACUCGUGGAUCCAAACGAAAAGAUAUCAAAGUACUGGCCCGAGUUUGCGGCAAAUGGGAAAGAAGGAGUCUUGGUGCGGCAUCUACUGAGCCAUGCGACGGGGCUGAGCGGCUGGCACGAAAACGUCACGUUUGAAGAUAUAUGUGAUUUGGAAAGGAGCACAAACCUGCUGGCCCAACAGGCGCCGUGGUGGGAGCCCGGCACUGCAAGUGGCUAUCACGCCUACACCAUGGGCCACCUCAUCGCGGGUUUGAUCCAAAAAGUCACGCACCUCCCCAUCGACGAAUUUGUUAAACGCGAAAUCACCACCCCGCUCGAUGCAGAUUUUCAGUUUGGUGCGCAGGAAAAAGACUGGGAUAGGGUAGCGGAAAUUGUGCCACCGCCGCCAAUCACGGAUCUAACCAGCGUGGCUGCGGCGAUGAAAGAUCCAAACAGCAUCGCCUUUCGGACGCUGCUCAAGAACCCUGGCAUGGACGCAACGAUGGCAAACAAAGAGUUGUGGCGGAAAUCCGUGCUACCGGCCUCAAACGGAUAUUCCAAUGCCCGCGCUCUCGUCCGCAUCCUAUCCGCUAUUUCCCUGUCUGCGCCUGAGAACCCAUCGUCAUUUUUGUCACAAGCCACCAUGGACAAGAUUUUCACCACCCAACAGCACGGCGCCGAUCUCGUCGUCAGCAUCCCGGUGCGAUUCGGUCUUGGUUUCGCACUGCCUGCUGCGGGCUCGAUGAACGAGAAUCUGCCAGAGGGCAGAGUCGCGAGUUGGGGCGGUUGGGGCGGUAGCCAGGGCAUUGCGGAUGCAGAGAGGAAGGUUACAAUUGGAUAUGUCAUGAACAAGAUGGCGAAUGCGGGGUUGGGGCCAAACGAGAAGGGAGAAAAGAAGGGCAUGGGAAACUACCGGAUGAGGAAGUUGCUGGUGGCGAUUUAUGAGGCGCUCGGUGUGCAGUAG